AUGGACCAAGGCUUGAUCGCUGAGCAGUCUAUCUUCUACGACAUGGUUCACCAAUCAGGGUCAGCCUCGACGUUGAUAAAAGACGCCAAUUCUGCGCGAGAGAAGCGAUUGAAGACUGCACAGGCGAAGGACGAGGGCAUGGGGGCGAAUAGGAUGUGGUCAAUUAUUGAGAACUCGACAAUAGAAUCGAGAUGA